GAGGGUGAGUGGGGGGGGAAAGAGGGAGAGAGAAAAAAGAGAGAGAAGAGAUAUGGAGCGAGGCCCGAGGAUGUGAAGCGGCUCAGGCAGUGUCCAGUCAGUACAGGAAGGAAGAAUGACAGGAAGGAUAGAUGAAAGGAUGUUGAGCACAUCUGUAAAGCUAUAUUAUGGAUGGCAACAGAAAGGAGAAUUCCUUCUGCAGUAGGCCUGCUGGACGGCUGAAUCGACCCAAUGAUGAUGGUGGUCUUUCAAACCAUUGGCUCUGGAAAAUCUCCAAUUGCUUUUCAACUGUUGAACAGACAUUACCUUUUAGUAACAAAACGAAAACGUACAUGGAGAGGAACAAACUUAUGGUUAAGCUGAAGGAUAUUCCACCUCCCUCCCUUCAUGAUAGCACAAUUCUCUUUCCAAGUGCCCCAUCUUCUGACAUUCAGCCUUUUCAACAGAAGCAGUCAACUGUCACGAAAGUAAGAUACUGCCCUCUUGGCGGUAAUGAGGCUUCGUGCUCCCUCUCAAUUCACAAUGGUGGCGGUCGUGUUCACUCAGUAAAUCAUGGAAGUUUAGAAGCCAAAAGCACUGGAACAGUCACGUGUCAAAUAGGUUCGGGACUUGCAUUUUAUUCGCCAAAGGCUUGUAAGGUGGCUGCAGCUAAUGACCGUUUAGACACAGUUUCGUGCCACUUGACUGCCACCUAUGUGGAGAAUGUCGUCUCGGGUUGUCAGCUUCAGCCACCUGCCCAGCACCUGUCGUGUUGUGGAAGCCUGUUUAAACAACUGCAGCCUUUCCGUGCUGGUGUCCACAAGCUUCACCAAGUUCCUCUGCACCCGAGCUGUAAUACAUCCAGUUUUUUCCCUUGUACAGAACUCACAGGUGGGGUUGGUGGGCACUUGGAAGAUCACGUGAAUCAAGCCGAAAUAAAUAAACAUGUUUGCAACAGCCCUUUGCAUUUGCACAUGAAACCUCUUUUUCUGAAAGGUUCUCCUUGCUGUGACGACUGUUUAAACAAGCCACCCAGAGAUUCUGCUGCAAAGAUUUGGCCAAAUAUUCCCCCUCCUACCCGCUCUGCUCCACUACCCAUAUCUAUGUGCAAUGGUGUUCGAAUUGAAGGUCAAGCAGUAGAAACAUCAUUAUUAACCGCUGGAAACCUGGGCACACAGCCACAUAAGUACGGAUCACCUGAUGUUGGUGUACUCGGGCAACAGGAGAAUCUGCCUCCUAUUGGAGUGUUUUGGGACAUAGAAAAUUGCUCUGUCCCAACUGGACGGUCAGCCAUGGCAGUAGUGCAGCGAAUCCGAGAACGAUUUUUUCAAGGGCACAGAGAGGCUGAGUUCAUGUGUGUCUGUGACAUUAGCAAGGAGAACAAGGAAGUUAUCCAGGAGCUUAACAACUGCCAGGUGACCGUUGCACAUAUCAAUGCAACAGCAAAGAAUGCUGCAGAUGAUAAGCUUCGACAGAGUUUAAGGCGGUUUGCUGACACUCACACUGCUCCAGCUACUGUUAUUUUGGUGUCUACCGAUGUCAACUUUGCAUCCGAACUGAGUGACCUCCGACAUCGACACAGUUUCCAGAUCAUCUUGGUGCACAAGGUUCAAGUUUCCGAUGCUCUUCUCCAACAUGCACACAAGCACGUAAAAUUUGAGGAAUUUGUGUCUAAUUUACCACCUAGAUUACCAGAGAAAAUGCCACAAUGCCAUACCCUUCUGUACGUAUACAAUUUGCCACUCAACAGGGACAGUAAGCAAGUAAGCAACCGACUGCGCCGUUUGUCUGAUAAUUGCGGUGGAAAAGUUUUAAACAUAACCGGCAGCUGUGCAAUGCUUCGUUUUACAAGCCAGGAAAGUGCUGAGCGGGCACAGAAGCGUAUGGAACAUGAAGACGUCUUUGGUAAUAAGAUCCUAGUGUCGUUUACACCAAAAAAUAAAGAUCUUUGUGAGAACAAAAAUAACUGUCUUACAGUUGAAAAGACAAAGUCCCCUAAAAAGGCAAACAAGUUUGCAAAGCUUUCUCAUCUGAACAAAGACCUCGAGGAGCAAGUGCAGAAUGGUAAAAAUUCUACAGUAAAGAACACGCUGGCAUCCCAAGGAUCAGCAUUUAAAAACCUCAAUGUCAGAAUUUUACAGGAGCUUUGUGGCAUGGAAUCCCAAACCAAACCAGUUAUUCGUGCACAGCAGAACAAGAAGCAAGGAAAUGAAUCCCCGUCAAUAAGUCAUCACAACAACUCAUCGUAUUCCCCUGCUACUCCCAUUAAACAAGUGGGAAAUGGAGAUUCCUUCAGUGGAAACCUUAAAAGAGACACUUCAACGUCCCGAGGCUCUCUGGAAUCCUCUGUAGACAAAACUGAGAAGAAUAAAGUUGAAUUCCAUGUCAGCUCUCCUUCUGCAUUUUGCAAGCUGGCAACCUCAAGGAAUCUAUCCCCGAGCCUCUCAAAUCGAUCCUCUCCUUUGAGUGUGAAUCAUGCGAAUCAGAAUCGCUAUUGUGACUCCCAGGCUGACCCAUUUGCAAAUGGAGCAGACAUACAGAUCAGCAACUUGGAUUACAGAAUGUCCAGAAAGGAACUACAACAAAUCUUGCAUGACAUUUUCUCCAGACAUGGCAAGGUGAAGAAUGUCGAAUUGAGCCCUCACACAGACUAUCAACUGAAAGCAACUGUACAAAUGGGCAAUCUGCAGGAAGCAAUCUCAGCUGUCAAUAACUUGCAUAGAUAUAAAGUUGGAACCAAGAGAGUCCAGGUGUCGCUGGCCACAGGAGGCAGUAACAAAUCAUUGGCUUUGCUCAGCUCUGAGACCAUGUCUAUCCUGCAAGAUGCACCAGCAUGCUGCUUACCCUUGUUCAAGUUUACAGAGAUCUAUGAGAAAAGGUUUGGACACAAACUGACUGUGUCUAAUUUGUACAAGUUAACGGACACGGUGACCAUUCGCGAUCAGCCAAACGGACGGAUGGUCUGUCUCUUGCCUAGCAGUCAGGCUAGGCAGAGUCCACUGAGUUCUGCACAGUCUCAUGAUGGUUCAUCAGCCAAUUGCAGUCCUGUGAUAUUUGAGGAACUGGAGUAUCAUGAACCAGUCUGUAAACAACACUGCAGCGAUAACGACUUUAGUGAGAAUGAAUUUGACCCAGACUCUUACAAGAUACAAUAUGUUAUAUUAUCCCUAAAAACGUUUGCGCCUCAGGUUCAUAGCCUGUUACACACACAUGAGGGCACCGUUCCUCUGCUUAGCUUUCCUGACUGCUAUGCUGCAGAGUUCACUGUUCUGAAGAUGGUGGAGGAGGGAGAAGGUGGUGUUCCUUUGGAACACCUCAUAAUCUGUGUUCCUGGUGUUAACAUCGUUACGGCACAAAACGGGAUCAAGGUUGUAAAAUGGGUGCAUAACAAGCCACCACUUCCUAACACUGAUCCCUGGCUACUGCGUUGCAAGAGUCCUGUACGAAAUCCACAGCUGAUUCAGUUUAGUCGAGAAGUGAUUGAUCUGCUUAAGAACCAACCUCAUUGCAUCAUGUCGCAUCACAAAUUCAUACCGAAUUAUCACCACCAUUUUGGGAAGCAGUGCCGAGUGUCAGACUAUGGCUAUUCCAAAUUAAUGGAGUUGCUGGAGGCAGUACCUCAUGUUCUGCAGAUUCUUGGCCUUGGCACAAAACGUCUACUUACGCUAACUCAUCGGGCACAGGUAAAGCGCUUCACUCAGGAUAUACUUAAGCUUCUCAAAUCGCAAGCCAGCAAACAAGUCUUCAUCAACGAGUUUGGACAAGCUUAUCAUUGGUGUUUUUCAAAGGAUUGGAACGUGACAGACUAUGGUGUUUGUGAGCUGACUGACCUGCUCUCAGAAAUACCAGAUACGACAAUCUGUAUUGCACAAGAAAAUGAUGAUACAGUGAUUUCUAUCCCAAAGCGAAAACGGAUUCCAGAGGAAAUUGCGAGAACCAAGCAGUUUGCCAAAGAAGUCGUGGAUUUGAUGAGACAUCAACCUCACUUCCGGAUGCCAUUUAACAAGUUCAUCCCUACAUAUCACCACCACUUUGGACGACAGUGCAAACUCACUUACUAUGGAUUUAACAAACUCCUGGAACUGUUUGAAUGUAUACCAGAGGUCCUGCAGGUGCUGGAGUGUGGGGAAGAAAAGAUUCUAGUUUUAACAGAAACUGAACAGAUCAAUGCACUGACUGCACAGCUCAUUAAGUUGGUUCGUUCGCAAAAGGACAGUUGCAUGAUGCUUUCUGAUUUUCUUCCGGAGUAUAACAAAACAUUUGGUUAUACUCUACGCCUCCAGGAUUAUGACGUCAACACUGUUGCAGAGCUUAUGCAGAAACUUUGCCACAUUGCAAAGACUCUUAACACACCAUUAGGCAAACAGCUCCAGCUGAUAAACAAGAAGCCUUUUCGUACGCUCACUGCUCAGCUGAUGGUGUUGCUGAUGUCCCUGGAUGGUAUCCCUUUCCUGACGUUCGACAAUCUUAAAAAUCAGUUUGAUUCUUUUUAUGGCUAUGCUCUUGUCCCAUCUGAGUAUGGUUUCAUGUCCUUGGCAGAACUAUUGAAGAAUUUGCCUUACCUGGUUGAGGUAUUCAGUACUGAUGCAGGCGAAGAAUCUGUGAAACUUACUAACGUGUACCAGUUUGCCAAGAAUGUCCGCAGCUUGUUGCACACCUAUCACUACCAGCAGAUCUUUCUGUCCGAGUUUCCCGCUACUUACCACAAGUACACAGGUGAAGUGCUCCAACCCAAACUGUAUGGGUACGCGAGUGUUGAAGAUCUCCUUGUUGCAAUAUCACAGGUUGUUUGGAUCAAAGGGCAUGGUCAGAAAAGAAUAAUCGUUUUGAAAAAUAGCAUGAAAGUUUGGAAUAGCUCUUCCAGUUCCCCUGCUUGCGGAGUUGAAGAUUGUGAACAGGUACUGGAAGACCCCAAACGACCUAUAACCUUGGCUGUAGAGAAAUCAGAAAGACUAGAGGAGUGUGACAGUGAGACAAAAGAAGAAACUUCCAGCUCCAGUUCAAACCAGACUGAACAAGACCUUCUCUGCCUCAGCAAUCAAUCUCCUAUUGACCUGUUGGGUGGACCUGUCCCAUCCUGCUUGCCAUCUCCUCAGCUCAGACCUGACCCGGUUAUUCUUGAAUAUGGUGACUUGAUUCAGUUUGAGGAACACUCUCCAAAUGUCACAGAUAUGUUGGUCUUGACAGAGGAGGAGAAGACUGUCCUUCCUGCGGCAAUGACUGAAGAGGCAUUCAGCAGCAACAAUGUGGUCAAACCGAUAAAUGAAAAUGUUCCUAUCAUGUGCCAGCCCCAGGAAACGCCCAAGCCAAAGUCCCUGUGCGCAGAACUGACAGACAGCCCUCUUAAGAAGCCCAGAAAUAAAGUGAAGUUGGCAGCAAAUUUUUCACUGGCGUCUUCCAAUCUUUAAAUGUGUUUAAAAUGGGGUGGUGGGGGGGGAGGGAGGGAAUAGGAUACAUAGAUGCAAUUUUAUUACGUAACUAGAUUUGAGUGAAGCACGGAAAUCAGUUCUCAAGUGCUUAAAUCCAAAGUGAGAUGCACACCAUUUUGAUCUUAGAAAUCAGCUUCUGUAUUUAAACAGUAAUUAAGAUAACCCUAAAAAAGUAAGAGAAGAACUUGGCUGUGCUUGUAGCCUGACCCAAUGCAUUUGGAUUUGAUGCAGUACAUGAGCAAUAUUCUUAUUUGACUAUCAAUACUAUUCCAAAAUGUGUGUAUAGUUUAUUAUAAUUUAGGUAUUUGUCAUGUUUCGCGGACUUUUUUUCUACAAAAAAAGUAAAAGAAAGCUGUUUCUUGCAUUAAAAAGCCUGUUCAUAUUAGUUAUCCAGCUCCGAAGGUUUUUACUAAAAUGCACAAGAACGUUUUGCUAAAAUCCUGCACUUUGAUCCAAUACCUGCUGAAUAAUAAUACAGCUUGUACAGUCAGAGGGUAAAAGUGUAACUGAACUGUUUAGAAUGUUACCUGGGUGACUUGUAACUAUAUAAUCUAACCUCCAGUCUUGUUCACUUCUGUCUGUGGCAGAACAGAUCUUGUUGAAUGGUUGUGGUGUCGGUGUCCUGUUGCUGCAGAAUGGAACUGAAGAGCUUCUUAGCAAUGCUAGUAUGUUGGGACGUACGUUGGGCUUCCCAUAAGGUUUAGGUUGUAUUUUUUUUUGCUGCAAGUUGAUUUAUUCACUUGCCUCGUCCUGACCUCAUGAAGUACAUCAAGUAGCUGGAGUCGCCAUUGCCCUAGCAUUCUGCUGUACUCUGUGCUUCAGCUGGAAGCUAACAGCACCUGUGCAGAAAUUGGUGAUUUUCAAUGUGAUUUUCAAUUCAAUGUGAAAUAUGCAUUUAUUGUAUAAAUCGCAAGUCAUGAGGCAGGCGAAGGGGGAAACUGCUGUUUAAAAGUUGCUAUUUCCACUUGACAGUUAAUGGAGCUGAAUCCCCUGAGCAUGUUGAAACGUCAAGGUUUUGUUAAACCUUGCUUUGGUUUCUUAAAAGCGUGUUUCAUUGGGAAGCUAUGUGAGUAACCGUCUCAGAAGGUUGUCUUUUUAAUGUGGGUUGCUUUUAUUCCAUUUCUGUGUGUUUGUCUUGAGUAGUUGUUGCUGGAAGUUUUAAGUCUUAAAUGUCUGAGUUGGUGCCAGUGUGAUGACCUUGGAUAAGGUUGAAAGGAUUUUUGCAUUUUUAGAUGAGAUGAGAUGAGAAUUUAAGGGAGAGGUUGGAGGAUUUGAGAACGAUGUAGCAGUCGGUCCCUUAGGGCCUUCUGGGCAGAGCUGGCUUUUACAAUGGGUUGUAUUUGCCAGUAGAGAAUGAAUCUUUUUUUCUAGAUUAGAGUGAACCUUUUUUUUUAAAAAAAAAGUUCUCCGCUGGUGCCAGAGAUUGUUUGUGUCUAAUAACAAAAGGUGGAAGUAACUGAUGUGUGUGCGCGUGGGGUUUUUUCUCUUCUCUCUAUCGACUUGGAGUCAUGGUGAGGUGCAUGUUGAAACAUGUGCAUGUGCCUUGAAAUUGCAAUUGUUAAAAAUGUUCAUUUUUAAAACUUGUAGCAAAACUGGAAUUUAAAAACUAAUCUGUCAGUUCCAAAUUAAAACUGGAACUCUAAUCCUGAAAUGAAUUUGAAACACAGUGUUCAAUAUCUGUGCCUCAGAGCACAUGAGAAUUUUAACAAUUCUGAUCAAAUGGAGGCGAUUUAACUGCUAAGCAAAACCGGUUGAUGUGCAGUAACCAUUGCAGGGCAACUGUUCGUUCCUGCUUAUAACAAAAGCCGAAGUAAAGGAAUUAAAAUCUUUUGGUCGGGAAAGUUGCAAGUCACUUAUGGCAGGUCUCUGCUUUAGAGCAGACUUAUGGCUUUGUGAUGUCUAAACUAUAUGAAAUAUUACAGUACUCUGAAAUGGAGGCUUAUAUAUGCAGGUCUGGAUAAAUGUAUGUUGGUAAUUUGUGUAGACUAAUUUGAAUAAGCUUUGUACAACUGAUUGAUGUAAACUGGUCGAAGCAUCUGUUUGAAGUCUUCAAACAUUAUGUUGGCUAAAGUAUUUAAUGUUUCUGAAAAUGUGACAAAGACUCGCACUUUGUUUUGUUUUCCUGUGAAUGUACUUUCUACCAAAAUUUAACCAGAAAAAUGGCUUAUGAAUUGCUGGCUACUUCUGUGUUGGGACCACAUUUAUUUUGCCAUCAAUAAAUUCACAGCAAGCAUAAAA